GUUCAGAAUAGCUCACGAAAAGGGAAGAAUUCAGUUCUUUAACGUUCAAAUAGAUCCCUACUCCACAUCAACCCUAUGGAACUGUGUGUUUGGAAUGGGAAUCAUGUGGUCGGGAAAUUACGCGACGAGUCAGACAGAGGUUCAGAGAUAUUGCAAUGUGGUCUCAGAAGCAAAGGCUAAAUUGUCCUUGUACGUGAAUCUGAUUGGAAUGAUGCUAUUAAUCAGUUGUGCCUGCUUAUGUGGUGUAUCCAUAUUCGCUUACUAUAGUGGUUGCGAUCCC